AUGGCCCGAUCCAAACGGGGCGGCUGGACUGCCUGCGCGGCGGUGGACGACGUUGCCCAGACCAACAACAUCGUCCAGCGCCUCAACGACUUCUCCUCCAUUGCGCACAUCCCUAGGAUGGGCCUCAAGGUCGUGCCGAUGAUCGCGGCCUUCUCCAACCUCCACACAGUCAACCUCUCUGGUGCCGAUGAUGAAAUAAUUUCUGCCAUCGCUGCAUUACUACAUCCUCCGAUUGCUCAUAUAUCAUUCUGUGAAUUGCCCUGCUCGUUCGCUCGAAGGUUCUAUAUCCCAGAGUGUAUGUAUCAGUCGGAACUGAGAAUUUGCUCCUGGAUAGUCGUACAAUUCGCCGGGAGCAAGACCAAAUUCAACAAGGCAAUAAAACAAAGCGUGGAGCACCUAAAGAACAUCCAAUAUUCCCAGAGCAUACGAGGAGAUCGCUCUCGAAGGGUCUGCACUCACUGGAUAUGUCGUGGAAUAAGAUCACAAAUGUCGAGGGGCUCUGGGAACUGA